AACAUAAAUAAUUUUUUUAUUUAAUUAAAAUUAUAUUAUAAAUUAAUAUUAUAUCAUAAAUUGAAUAUUAAAAAUGAAUAGUCUAUUAGUAUUAAGUAUGCUAUUGUCUGUGGGCUACCAGUGCUGUUGGGCUGGCGAUGAUUGGAAGCAGUUUCACACAGACAUGAAGACCAGUUUGUGUGUCGCCGACAAAGUGGACGACUCUGUGCUCAACAAAAUGUCCGAUUGUAAGAAGAAGUAUAUCUUUAAUCCCGAGAAGGCCGAGGAGAUUGAGAAAAAGAUGGAUGCCAUAGACAAGGAGUGCGGUGAGGGCAAGGAUGACGACCUGAGCGCCUACACCAAAGUGGAUAAGACUAAUAAAGCGAAU